AUGUUUUGGAAGUUUGACCUGCAUACAAGUUCACAUGUGGACACCCUUCUAGAAAGGGAAAACGUUACUCUUUUCGAACUACUUGAUGAAGAGGAUGUGUUGCAAGAGUGCAAAGUAGUCAAUCGCAAGCUUGUGCAAUUCCUUGUCCAGCCUCAGCACAUGGAGGAACUGGUGACCUGCAUCACACAGGAGCCAUCCAGUGACAUGGAUGAAAAACUGCGAUAUAAGUAUGCCAGUGUAUCAUGUGAGAUAUUGACAGCAGACGUAUCACAGAUUAAUGAUGCAUUAGGGGAAGAUGAGUCUUUACUGAAGCAGUUGUAUGGCUUUCUGCAGAAUGAUGAAGACUUGAAUCCUUUGCUAGCUAGCUUCUUCAGCAAAGUGAUGGGAAUACUAAUUAACCGCAAGACAGAACAGAUUGUUGCAUUUCUUCGAAAAAAAGAUGACUUUGUGAACUUACUUCUUCGGCAUAUUGGCACAUCUGCAAUUAUGGAUCUGCUAUUACGGCUUUUGACAUGUGUCGAACAACCUCAGCUUAGGCAGGAUGUCUUCAAUUGGCUUAAUGAAGAAAAAAUUGUUCAAAGAUUAAUUGAAAUGAUCCAUCCUUCAAAAGAUGAUAAUCAACAUUCCAACGCUUCUCAGUCACUGUGCGAUAUCAUUCGUCUGAGCCGUGAACAGAUGAUCCAGAUUCAAGAUAGUCCUGAGCCGGACCAGUUAUUGGCAACUCUGGAAAAGCAAGAGGCCAUUGAGCAGCUUAUCAGCAACAUGUUCGAUGGCGAGCAUAAUGAGUCUGUGAUUGUGAAUGGCAUCCAAGUGCUUUUGACACUACUGGAACCACGUAGACCUAGAGCUGAGCUGGGUGGAUUAACUGCUUUCUACUGUACCCUGGAAGGGCUUGAGAUGGAUGCCGCCGGAUUAGAUGGAUCCUCGAAUACCCAGGCCAGUUUAGGCACACUUUUGGCUAUUAAACAGCGUUUACCAGAAUUUCAUCAACUUCUUAUUGACCCACCUAAGAAACAAAGUUUACUUACAACUUGGGGCGUUCUCGAUCCACCAUUAGGGAAUACUCGGCUCCAUGUAGUGAAAUUGCUUGCUAGCACAAUUAAUGCAAACAACAGGGCUUUAAAUCAAGAACUUAUAAGACUUGAUUCCAUCAACACCAUGCUGAAUUUGUAUUUCAAGUACAUGUACAAUAACUUCUUGCACUCACAAAUUGAAGUCUGCAUCACAACGGUUUUAAAUUCAAUCCCUAUUCAAGAAACGAAUGAAAGCGAAGUCCAAGAAAAUGAACUGGUUAAAUAUCUUUUACAGAAAUGUCAGCUUGUACAGAGGAUACUUUCAGCAUGGGAGGAUAAUGAAAAAGAACAGUCUGAAGGUGGACGGAGAAAAGGCUUUAUGGGGCAUCUUACCAAAAUCGCAAAUGCGUUGGUGCAAAGUUCAGAAAAAGGACCCAAUACACUACUUAUUGGGCAGCUUCUUAAAGAGCUCUCAGAAGAACAGCAGGAGCAAUGGGAUGGUUUUGUUUCUGGAUCGCUCUCGGAGACCAACAAGAAAAACACUGUAGACCUUGUAAACACGAGAAAUAUGCACUCUUCCAGUGAUGAUGAAGAUAGUGACCUAAAGGAAUUCAGUUUUCCCCAAGAGACUGUACUACAGCAGGCAUUUGUGGACUACCAGAUGCAGCAAAUGACAUCUGCUUUUAUUGAUCAUUUUGGUUUCAACGAUGAGGAGUUUGGAGAGCAAGAAGAAAGUGUCAAGUUAGUGUUUCUUAUUAAAAUUUUAUUAAUUGCUGACUUUCUGAUCAUUUUGUAA